GGUACUUGGUUCCUAAUAGUCUCUUUUAAUCUUGGUGCUGUGUAUCAAAUGAAAUAUAGUGUUAUCACAUUUGUUUCCACUUAUUUUCAGAAUCUAAAGGCCAGAAACACUCGGGAGUCUAAGGAAGCGGCAGCUAAAACUUCUUUGGAGGCUCUACUUUACAAGCCGGUAGAUCGUGUGACACGCAGUACACUAGUUCUACAUGACCUUUUGAAACAUACACCACUUGGGCACCCAGACCACCCAUUACUACAAGAUGCACUCCGAAUUUCUCAAAACUUCUUAUCUAGCAUCAAUGAGGAGAUUACACCCCGACGGCAGUCUAUGACUGUGCGCAAGGGAGAGCACCGGCAACUCUUAAAGGACAGCUUCAUGGUGGAGCUGGUGGAGGGUGCCCGGAAGUUGCGCCAUGUCUUCCUUUUCACUGAUUUGUUAUUGUGUGCAAAACUAAAGAAACAGAUAGGAGGAAAGAGCCAGCAGUAUGAUUGUAAGUGGUACAUACCACUAGCAGAUCUGAACUUCCAGCCUCUAGAUGAGUCAGAAAGUGCACCCAACAUCCCCUUGGUUCCAGAAGAGGAGCUGGAAGCCAUCAAAGUAAAAAUAUCCCAGCUCAAGAAUGAUACCCAGAGGGAGAAGAAAGCUAAUAAAGGAGGAAAAGGUUUGGAGCGUCUACGCAAAAAGCUGUCAGAACAAGAAUCCUUAUUACUGCUUCUUUCCCCCAGUAUGGCUUUUCGUGUUCAGAACCGCAAUGGCAAGACCUAUACAUUCCUUACGUGGUCAGAUUAUGAGCGAGCUGAGUGGGGGGACCAUGUACGAGAACAGCAGAAGAAGUCGGGUUUUAAGAGCUUCUCUUUGACCUCACUGGAGAUUCAGAUGCUGACAAACUCUUGUGUGAAACUUCAGACAGUACAUAGGGUCCCGCUGACCAUCAGCAAAGAAGAUGAUGAGUCUUCAGGACUCUAUGGAUUCUUGAAUGUAAUUGUCCAUUCAGCCACAGGUUUUCAGCAGAGCUCAAAUCUCUUUUGCACUCUGGAAGUAGAUUCCUUUGGAUAUUUUGUGAACAAGGCAAAAACACGUGUAUAUAGAAACACAACUGAGCCCAGCUGGAAUGAGGAGUUUGAAAUUGAGCUGGAAGGCUCCCAGACCCUUCGUAUCCUAUGCUAUGAGAAGAGCUACAACAGGAACCGGCCCGGGAGAGAGGAUGGUGGCGAGAGCACUGAACGCAUGGUGGCCAAGGGACAAUUGCAGCUAGAGCCACAGAUUGUCAUGGGGAAGGACUGGCAGCGCUCUGUUGUUGCAAUGAAUGGGGUGAGUACACUGACAGAGGGUUAUAAAAUUAAUUCAGCUAUUAAAUCUAA